AUGCUACAUUUGGAUGUGAAGAACCUGACGUCACUGGAGCGCUUCCACCGGCGCAUCUCGCAGCACGAACUGUACCGCGCGGGGGACCCCGUGAUCGAAGACGUGCUGCGGGACCUCGCCACGCAGCGCAUCGUGCACGUCAGUCAAAAAGAUGGAGGCACUCAGAUCAAGCUGGUCAUCGACUACGCUAACCAGAUGCAAGCUCUGUUCAAGCCUAUGCGGUUUCCUCGGGACCAGCAGACACUGCCCAAUCACUUCUACUUCACAGACUUCGAGCGGCACACGGCAGAGAUCGCCUCCUUCCACCUGGACAGACUGCUGGGCUUCCGGAGGGCGAUGCCGGUGUCGGGGCGCGUGCUGAACAUGACGAGUGAGCUGUACGAGCUGGCGGACGGCGAGCUGCUGAAGACGUUCUUCGUGUCGCCGUCGGACAACCUGUGCUUCCACGGGCGCUGCUCGUACUACUGCGACACGGCGCACGCCAUCUGCGGCAACCCGGACACGCUGGAGGGCAGCUUCGCCGCCUUCCUGCCCGACAAGGCGGUCGCGCCGCGCAAAGUGUGGAGGCACCCCUGGCGGCGCUCCUACCACAAGCGCCGGAAGGCCCAGUGGGAGAACGACCCUGGCUACUGCUCGCUGGUGCGCGACAUCCCGCCGUACGACAGCGGACGGCGGCUGCUGGACCUGAUGGACAUGGCGGUGUUCGACUUCCUGACGGGCAACAUGGACCGCCACCACUACGAGACGUUCCGCAUGUUCGGCAACGACACGUUCCCGCUGCACCUGGACCACGGGCGCGGCUUCGGCCGGCCCUUCCACGACGAGAUGUCCAUCCUGGCGCCCGUCAUACAGUGCUGCCUGCUGCGGCAGUCGACGCUCACCACGCUGCUCAGGUACCACAACGGCCCCCGCAAGCUGAGCGACGCGAUGCGGGACGCGAUGCAGAAGGACCCGGUGGCGCCGGUACUGUGGGAGCCGCACCUCGCCGCGCUGGACCGCCGUGUGCGCAUCGUGCUGCAGGCCGUGCGCGACUGCGUUGCCCGCGACGACGCCGUCGAGGCGGUGGUGCGCAACGACGCCGACGGCGACGCCGCCGACGCCGCCCCCGCUGGACUCUGCUCUCGUGUGAUGGUCGUCGCAAAAGUAAACAACAACCUAGGGACCACGCUGCUUCCAUAG